AUGAAUAAAUCAAAUACUAAAUCGCCUCCUCCCGGGAUAUAGCAAUAGAGCUUAUCAGCAGAACCCAAGGAAACCAAGAAACUUAGAACAACUUUAGAUUACUCAUUUAAAGAAAUCAAGAAACUUGAAGGUAUACUUAUAUAUUGUAACUAUCCAAGAAUUAAAAAAUAAAGAAGUUAAACCUAGAGAAGGUGAACAGUGGAUAUUUAAGGAAUAAAAGAAGUAGGAAAACCAAGAAGUAAAGAAUGAUACUCCAAAAGAAUAAGUGCUCAAGUAGUAAUAAUCUCUGCCUGAAGAAACAGAGCCAGUUUAACCACAACAACAAUAGCCCUAAAAAUAACAAGACAACAAGAAAGGCAAUGCUCCAUAACCACCUCCUCCUUAAUUGAUUCCAUAAACCAAUGUUGCAACACAAUUAAUCACAUUAUAAAAUAUACCAUUAAAUGGAAAAAUAGUUGGUGGCAAAUUACAAGAGAAUAAAAAUCAAAGUCAGCAAUCUAAGUUCAAACCAGAAUUGUGUUGUUAAUCGUUAAUCUUAUGUCAAAAUAAAUUAACUAGUCUCAGUGGAUUUUAUCAGAUCAUGCAAACUGUUAUGCCCAAUGUUGAAUUACUUAGAUGGAUUGAUUUAUCAUAUAAUCAAUUGAUCACUCUAGAUUAUAAUUUUAAGGAACUACCGCAUUUGUAAUCAUUAUAUCUGAACUUCAAUCAGAUAAAGGAUAUCAAUGAAUUAAAAUAAGUAUUUACAUACUCAUAUACACAUAGUUGUCACACUUACAAGAACUAAGAUCUCUAAAAAUCUAUGGAAAUCCAAUCGAAUAGAUCAUCAAUUUCAGAUUAUACAUAAUUGAUGUGCUUCCAUAAUUGAAAAGGAUAGAUUCUGUCCUAAUCAGUAAAAAAGUAUGUACUAUGUGUAUUCCCUUUCUAGGAAAGAGACAAUUCAUCAAUGAUUGUAAAGGUGUUUGAUUUCAAACCUCAAAUGAAAGCCUAGGGGGAUAAGGAGAAAUUGCUGUUAUAAUAAACCUAAAUUACACAAUAAAAGUCAAAGUCUUAACCAAAAAAGAAAAAGUGAUAAUUUAAUAUAUUCUAAUAUAUUGAUAUUUAUAUAAA